AGAGUUGCUGGUCAUUCGGCAUUGGAGAUGGUGGGAGACAGCUGCUACUAUCAAUCCAUAGUCACCAAUUGAGGAGAUUUGGGGUUUUAACUUCAAAUACAAUUCCACUGCUAUCACCAAACUUAGUCAUCAACAUGAUGGAUAAUCUAAGUUAUUUGCAAAUCAGAGGUGCUGCAGAUCCUUUGCCUACAAAGAAUCCUACAUUAAUCUACAAGAGCAAUAAAUCACUUAACGAGCAACUACCAAGUGAAAAAGAAUCAAUAAUUACAAUAUGGUUAGCCUGGAUUAAUAAGGCCCAGUUAGGUGGUUAUUUCCUGGGUAUUUUGGGAUCCAUUAUGUGCAUUGCUUCAACAGCCAUUGAAUGUUGGAGAAAAUGGCAAGUAGAAAGUAAGGAUGGCAUGUAUCCUGGCGUGGUGUGGAUUGGAAUCUGGAAAGCCUGUUAUCUGCACAGCACCCAUCCAGAAAACAGAUACAUUCACUGUGAGGAAUUCACCGAAGACCUGAUGAUGCUGCCCAGAGAAAUAUUUUUGGCUCAAGAUCUGAUGACCUUGAGUUGCAUUGUAGGAGCCGUGGCCAUAACCGUCAUGAGCUUUGCCUUAGGGAUUGUUGUCAAAGACAUCGGACACACACACAGGUUGUUCAUCUUGUUUAGUGUUGGAGGUGUUCUGAACUUUGUAGCAGGAAUCAUGGUCUUAAUUCCAGUUUUCUGGAAUCUGCAUUCCAUCUUGGAGAACAGACACAUCGUGUUUCCAGAGUUCUUCCAAAUGCCUACGGUUCCAAAGCACCAGGAGGUUGGUCCUGCUAUUUAUGUCGGCUAUAGUGCUGCUGUUUUAUUCCUGGCAAGUGGCGUUAUGAUUAUCUGUAACAGAAGUGUUUUGCAAGUACAUGCAGAAAAUGUUUCACCAGCAGCAAAUGUAUCACUGACAACUCAAUUUAGUACAAACUUUGGUUCCUCGGUGAUAAUUAACGUAAUAAAGAGAGAGAAGUCUGAUUUCAGUGAUGAUGAGAAUUGAUUAUAUAGAAUAUCUAUAUAUUAUGUAGAUAUAAAUAAAGAUUCAUCACAAUCAGUUCAACCUCAACUGCUUGACAACAGUAAGAAAAUCCCUGUUAGUUGUUACUCCAUGCCAGUAAGCACAAACUUCUAGUGUUUGUCCACUCUAUUGUAGUAUCAUAUUUCCAGUUUUCAUUUUACAAUGACAAAAUAAUUGAUUUCUUAAUGUAAAUAUAGGCUAUUAAUAAUAAAUACUACAAAUAAAUAAAUACUGGAUAGUGGA